AAUCCCUGGGAAGUCGGGGAAUUUUGCCCAAAUAUAUCCCGUGCGAUGUGGGCAUCACGGAGAGAGCUUCGGCGAAUGAUCAAGUGGGGAUUCAUCCUUUGGAGAAUGAUGUGGGGUGGAAGAGGAGCAGCUUGGCUUUGGAUUUGGGCCUGUUUACUGGUGACCAGCAUUUUGGCUGGAAAAAGCUCCAGUCAAAGCGCAGAUGAGCAGAAAGACAACACCACAGUUUUCACCAGGAUUCUGGACAGCCUCCUCGAUGGCUACGACAACCGUCUCAGGCCUGGGCUUGGAGAGCGUGUAACCGAAGUCAAGACUGACAUUUUCGUGACGAGUAUUGGGCCGGUCUCGGACCACGACAUGGAGUACACCAUCGAUGUGUUCUUCAGGCAGAGCUGGAAGGACGAGAGGCUGAAGUUCAAAGGUCCCAUGGCUGUGCUCCGUCUCAACAAUCUCAUGGCCAGCAAAAUCUGGACCCCCGACACGUUUUUCCACAACGGAAAGAAGUCAGUCGCCCAUAACAUGACCAUGCCUAACAAACUGCUGCGGAUCACAGAGGAAGGAACUCUGCUUUACACCAUGAGGCUUACAGUCAGAGCUGAAUGUCCGAUGCAUUUGGAGGACUUCCCAAUGGACGCCCAUGCAUGCCCUCUCAAAUUCGGCAGCUAUGCCUACACGAGGGCUGAGGUGGUGUACGUUUGGACGCGAGGGGCAGCGCAGUCUGUGGUCGUGGCUGACGACGGCUCUCGGCUCAACCAGUAUGACUUGAUGGGACAGACGGUCGACUCGGGUGUGGUGCAGUCCAGCACUGGAGAGUAUGUUGUCAUGAAAACACAUUUCCACCUCAAAAGGAAGAUCGGUUACUUUGUCAUCCAGACAUAUUUGCCGUGCAUCAUGACUGUGAUCCUGUCCCAGGUGUCUUUCUGGCUCAACAGGGAAUCUGUCCCCGCCAGAACUGUGUUUGGAGUGACCACUGUCCUUACCAUGACCACCCUGAGUAUCAGCGCGAGAAACUCUCUGCCCAAGGUGGCCUAUGCCACAGCCAUGGACUGGUUCAUCGCCGUCUGCUACGCAUUUGUCUUCUCUGCUCUCAUUGAGUUUGCCACUGUUAACUACUUCACCAAGAGGGGUUACGCCUGGGAUGGGAAAAGUGUGGUGCCAGAAAAGGUAAAGCCAUUUCAGUUUUCAAAUAAAAGAGAAGCAUUGCUGAAAAAGAACAACACCUACACGGCCGCGACGGCGACAACGUUUGCUCCGAACAUUGCCAGAGACCCUGGUUUGGCAACUAUUGCUAAAAGUGCCCCCCCUCCGCCAACCGAGCCCAAGGAAGAGCCAAAACCCAAACCCCCCGAGGCCAAGAAGACCUUCAACAGCGUGAGCAAGAUCGACAGGAUCGCCAGAAUAGCCUUCCCGCUGCUCUUCGGGACCUUUAACUUGGUGUAUUGGGCCACUUACUUGAAUAAAAAACCCAAAUUACAGGGCGCCCAGCAGCCACACUAAUUCCAUCUCCUCGGUUUUUCUCUCUUUUCUUUCUUAUGUUUCUAAACAAUAACAAAAACAGUGAAGCGAAACGAUUUGUUUCAAUGAUAGUCCAGCUCCCACUUUCAAGUUUGUGUCGACAUAUGUAACAUACUGUAUCUUCCUAUAAUAACGAGAGCGACUGUAUUAUGUACAAACCACUGCACUGGAAGGGAACUCAUACUAUAUAUAUACAAACAGACACAGUAUAUCAGACCUGAGAGAAUGCUAUUCUGCAAAUGCACAUAGAAUUAUAGUUUAAAACUCCCUUCCUUAGAGAAUAGUUAACCCCAAAAAAAUAUUAUUUCAUUAAAUACUCUCCCUCGUGUUGUUCCAAUCCUGUAUGCUCUUGUUGAACACAAAAGGAGACACUUUGCUUUACUUUUGUUUUAGCGACCAUGUCUGUCAACAACAACACGCAGCGUAAAAGUAAAAGCAGUCCUUGCAAAUCACGCACUUUAUUCCAAGUCUUCUGAUGAGUUCCUGCCACAUAGAAAUAUAGAUGACGUAUGCAGUUUUUAUGGCGCUUUCAUUGCCUUUUUUUGUUUGUUUUUGGACAUAUGUGCUGAUUGUGUUAAUGUAUGUCUAAACAUUCUGAAGAAUCUUCUACUUUUGUCUUUCAGAAGAAAAAAAAGCAGACAGGUUUAAAACAACAUGAGGGUGAAAUAAAAAAAAAAUGGGG